AUGAUAAAAUAUUUUUAGAUUGACAAUCAAUUACUAUUUAAAUAACUAUGUCACAUCCUUUUCAUCGAAAGCAUUAAAUAAUUAUUUAUUAAAUAUUGUAAUUCGCGAUGGAAACUUUAUAAUUUUUCUAUCGUUGUUUUUUAUGCACAAGACUCCUAUGAAGAAUUACUAGAGUUGAGAGGUCUAAACUCAGAAAAUUUAAGUUAUGUUGAAACUUUUAAGAAGAACUACACUGAAUAAUAUUAUACUUUUAAAGAAUGGAACCCCAUCCUUAUAUAAGGGAUAAAUUAAAAUUUAUAAGGAAUAAAUUAAACUUAAGAAGUUUCACUUGAACAAGCAGAUGAAGCUUAAAUUUAAUUAUUUGCCUUUCUAUUUGGCCCAUUUGAAAUUAAUGAUAUUAUCUCCAGUUAUAAGGAAAUUGCAAUAAUCUUCAAUUAUAAAUCAGAUCCAUUUUCCUUAUAUGUAGAAUUGCUUAAACUGAUUAUGAUCCUAUUUAGUAUAUAGAUGAUAUGUUUAGAAAUGAGCUUCCAUAUCAAUUAUAAAAAGAUUAAAUAAAUUGUUUCAAAAAAUCUUUUUUGCUUAAACUUUUUACCAAGAGAAUGA